AUGAACAAGAGCUUAUCGCCCAAAUGGGCACCCAUUGAAAAUGUUUCGCAUCAAAAUUUAUCUAUUCAUCAGGGAGCUAUUUAUGUCAUUGUUUCGAGAGUUAAGGCCAACGUCUACAGUAAAUGUCAGUUCUAUAAUCAAAUUACAACGCGUUCGACGCAGAUUCGACGUAAAAGACAAGUUUCUGGUAUUUUACAAUUGAUAGAAACCGAGGGACGCAUUCACGAAAAAUACCAGUUUUUAACUGGGGGUGCGUUAAGCCUUUUUCGAGUCCUAUGCAUCUUACGUUCUAUACAUAUGAAGAACAUUUUGUUAAUUGUUGAGGUAUAA